GAUCCCUCUGCACAAGCGUCAGCUGACUAACGUGAGGGCGGCGUUCGCUGCCCUCGCCAGCAAGUAUGGCGUGGACGCGCGCGAGGACGGCAUCGUCGACAUCGAGAACUACGUUGAUGCGCAGUACUACGGGCUGAUAGGAGUGGGCACCCCCGAACAAGAAUUCCGUGUUAUCUUCGACACAGGAUCCUCGAACCUGUGGAUUCCUUCGAAGGAUUGCAGCAUCAUUGACCUGGCCUGCCAGUUCCACAACCAGUACGACCACAACGUGAGCUCGACGUACGUCGCUAACGGGUCAAACUUCCACAUCCAGUACGGGACGGGCCAGCUGGACGGGUACGUGUCCCAGGACACGGUCCAGUUCGGUGGGUACUUCGCCCAGGACCAACUGUUCGCUGAGGCCAUCAAGGAACCAUCAGUUACGUUCGUGGCGGCGGCCUUCGAUGGCAUAUUGGGCAUGGGGUACCCAAGCAUCGCUGUAAACGGCAUCCGACCUGUCUUCAAUACCCUCAACGACCAGGGGCAGGUGCCCCAGAACCUGUUCUCCUUCUACCUCAACAGGAACCAAAAUUCGAGCGUGGGGGGCGAGCUUAUGUUGGGGGGCUACGACCCCCAAUAUUUCGAGGGGGAACUCGCCUGGAAUGACGUCACCGUACAGGGAUACUGGCAGAUACACAUGGACGGAUACACAUGGACGGGGGGGGCCAUACACCUCGUGGGGCCCGAGUACCUGAUCAACUGCAGCCGCAUUCCUACCCUCGAGAACCUCGACUUUACCCUCAACGGCGUCGACUAUGCCCUCACUGGAGAGCAGUACAUCCUGGUACAGUCCCAGGAGGGCGCCCCCGACGUGUGCAUCUCCACCAUCGGGGGCCUGAACGCCCCCUUCAACCUCUGGAUCCUGGGGGACCCUUUCAUCGGGAUCUGGUACACCGUCUUCGACUUCGACACCAACAGGAUCGGCUUCGCCAAGUCCGUGGACCCGGCCGGCGUCCUGCAUUAAAUCCGAGGGGAAACGUCCUUACACGAUGGGAGUUCAGAGGGAAGAUACUAAUAUCAGAGGGAAUGUAAUAACAUCAGAGGGAAGGCGCCAACAUCAGAGGGAAGACAUCGACAUUCGAAGGAAGGCAUGAACAUCUGAGGGAAGAUCCUAAUAUCAGAGGGAAGAUAUUAACAUCAGAGGGAAGAUCCUAAUAUCAGAGGGAAGAUAUUAACAUCAGAGGGAAGAUGCUAAUAUCAGAGGGAAGAAACUGACAUCCGAGGGUUGUCACCAACAUCAGAGGGUAGCCACUCUCAUCCGAGGGAAGGCACUCUCACUUUUGAUUAAAAUACUUCUUUCAAGGUUCGGUCAGGGACUUAAACACGAGAGUUAGAUUUAUAUGCAGAAG